AUGGUGGGGACCAUACAGCCCCAUGAGGAUGCUUUGGUGGUAACGCUGAGAAUUGGUGGGUACGAUGUCAGAAGGGUGAUGGUUGAUCAGGGUAGCGCUGUGGAUGUAAUGUAUCCAGACUUGUAUAAGGGGCUAGGUUUGAAGCCAGAGGACUUAACAACCUACAACUUUCCUCUAGUAAGUUUUGAGGGAAGGAUGGUCGCUCCCAAAGGACUGAUCAGGCUGCCUGUGCAAGCAGGUACGGAUGUGGUGGAGGUAGACUUUAUUGUCAUAGAUGUUUUUUCUUCGUACACGGCUAUUGUGGGCAGACCUUGGCUUCACACCCUUAAAGCGGUCUCGUCUACUCUGCAUCAAAAGGUUGGGGCUAAAUUGCCUUUGCAUGAGAAGGCGAGGUUGCUGGAAUUCCUCCGAGCCAAUGUGGACGUUUUUGCAUGGAACCCAAGUGCUGACUACACCGAAAGAAUUGCUAAGUGGGGCAUGAUUUUGGGUGCUUUCGAUAUCAAAUACAUGCCUCGCACCUCUGUGAAAGGUCAAGUCUUUGCCGAUCUGGUGGCUGAGUUCGCCGAAUGCCCAGAAGAAGUUAAUGUGAAUCAAGGUCACAUGGAUGAAAAAUCGGUUGGCCUAAUAUCCACACAAGAUGGGUCCUUUUGGAGGGUGUACGUGGAUGGGGCCGCAAACCAACGGGGAGCAGGAUUGGGAUUGGUGUUGAUAUCCCCCAAGGAGGUCAUCAUCGAGAAGUCGUUAAGAUUAGGGUUCUCGGCUACUAACAACGAAUCAGAAUACGAAACUUUGAUAAUGGGAAUGAGUAUGGUCCAAAAAAUGGGUGGAAAGGCAGUGAAAUUAUUCUCAGACUCGAGAUUGGUAGUCGGCCAGUUGAGAGGAGAGCUGGAGGCCCGAGACCCAAGGAUGCAAGGGUAUAUGGACCGGGUUAGGCGUAUGCAAACGAAGUUUGAGUCUUUCGACUUAUUGCAUAUUCCUCGAGGUGAAAAUACACACGCUGAUUCUUUGGCAACCCUUGCCACCUACUCAGUACGAAAUUUUCCUCGGGUGAUCAUCGUUGAAGACCUGUGUACCCCCACCUCACCAGAAAAGGAGGUUUGCCAAAUCAAUCAAACCAGUCUGUCGCCAAACUGGAUAGAUCCCAUAUUAAAAUUUCUUGAAAGUGACAUAUUGCCCAAAGAUAAGGUGGAAGUUGACAAAAUACGAAGGAAAGCUCCUCGGUACUGGCUAUCUGAAGAUAAAAAGCUAUAUAAACGGUCCUUCUCUGGGCCAUACCUGCUUUGUGUGCCUCCUGAGACUGCAGAGUCAAUCUUGGAAGAAUUGCAUGAGGGCAUUUGUGGAAGCCAUACAGGAGGAAGGUCUCUAUCAUGUCGAGCCAUCACACAACGAUAUUGGUGGCCAAAUAUGCAAAAGGAAGCGCAGGAGUACGUUAGGAAAUGCGAUCAGUGCCAAAGAUAUGGUCCAAGUAUCCAUCAGCCGGGAGGAGUUCUUAACCCUCUCUCUAGCCCUUGGCCUUUUGCACAAUGGGGGCUGGACAUUGUCGGCCCUUUUCCUAAAGCCAUAGGAAACAAGAAGUACCUGCUGGUCGGUACAGACUACUUCACUAAAUGGGUCGAAGCUGAGCCCUUGGCGAACAUCAGAGACGUAGAUGUGAAGAAGUUUAUUUGGAGGAACAUCGUUACGCGAUUUGGAACUCCCUGCACUUUUGUCUCAGAUAAUGGACUCCAAUUUGAUAGCAAUGCCUUUAGGGAAUAUUGUUCAGAACUGGGUAUAAGAAAUAGAUAUUCCACUCCGGCUUAUCCACAAGGCAAUGGGCAGGCGGAAGCUGUUAACAAAGUAAUAGUCAAUGGGCUUAAGAAGAGACUAGAUGACGCGAAAGGAAAAUCUUCUGAUCACAAACUUAAUGGGAAGUAA